UGACAACACUGCCUGUUAUGCCUGUCGUUCGUUCACGAGACAUUCACAACUUUGUUCCCUGGAAACGACUUGUCUGAGUGAAGGUCUGACAAGACUCUGCGUGAGACACCUAACAGCAAAUUAACGUUCAAGUGUUUAAAAUGUAAACGGAAUAGCCACUGUCCGUCGAGAUUGACUGACGGUGGAGGAUAUUUCUUCCUUUGUUUGCUAAACCAGCUAACAACAGAGGUUGUAUUGACUGGACUUUGAGUUGGCUGUGAAAACUAAACUUCACCGAGCUAGCUAGGGAGUUAGCUAGUUAGCUAACUAGCCCAGCCCAGCAGCACAAAGCAGCACAGACAGCAAACGGUAGUCUGCUCAUGCAGUUCCUGCAACUAAGGAAGACCCGUACACACCGUCAUUCCCAUGGAAACACAAGGCAGUUCGAAAGAGUGCAGUGCACGGAGAAAGCCCCUCUGUCUGUAGGAACCUGACAGAUAUGUGCACCGAGAGAUGAUAUGGCAGAAUUGCGUGCACAUGUUACAACGAGGCAAUAGGCCAGGCAGGAAAUUGGGGUAAAGCUUAAACAUAAGGCUUUGCUACCCAGUAGCUUGCCAGCCAGCGUGUGCGUGCGUGCGUGUGUGUGUGUGUGUGUGUGCUCGAAGUGCCUAUGGCGGAGUUUGGGGAUGACGGCAGCCUGCCUCCAUUGAAUCUUGGGGAUACGGCCGUGCCCAGCGACGAAGCAGCUGGCAAGACGCAUUGCGAAGUGUCGGUCUUGAAUGGAGACUGUGGCAUAUCAGAAAAUAUGGUCGGUUCAGGAUCCCUCGUUUCACCUGGCAGCCAAGCACGGGUGGAAACAGCCAACACCUCUGUCGGAUUUGAUGCCAAAUCUGAAAUACCACGCAGGACCAGCAUUAUCAAGGAUAGCUCAAGACAGCGUAAAGAAAGAAAGAAGACUGUAUCAUUCAGCAGCAUGCCCACAGAGAAGAAAAUUAGCAGUGCAAGUGACUGCAUCAGUGCAAUGGUGGAUGGCUCUGAGCUGAAGAAAGUGCGAUCCAAUUCCCGCAUCUACCACCGCUACUUUCUCCUCGAUGCCGACAUGCAGUCUUUAAGAUGGGAGCCCUCGAAGAAGGAAUCCGAAAAGGCCAAAAUUGAUGUAAAAUCCAUCAAGGAGGUGCGGACAGGGAAAAACACAGACACUUUUAGAACUAAUGGAACCUAUGAUCAGAUAUCAGAGGACUGUGCCUUCUCAAUCAUCUUUGGGGAGAACUAUGAGUCCCUGGACCUGGUGGCAAACACUGCAGAUGUUGCCAACAUUUGGGUUACAGGGCUGAGAUACCUGAUCUCCUAUGGGAAACAUACCUUGAACAUGAUAGAGAGCAGUCAGAACAACAUGCGCUCAUCUUGGCUGGGUGAACUUUUCGACGAGGCAGGCGGUUACAACAGCAAACUAAUAACCAUAUGUGCUGCUGUGCAGCUAGUCAAAAAGUUGAACCCGGGACUUAAAAAUGUGAAAAUAGAACUGAAGUUCAAGGAGCUUCACAAAGCUAAGGACAAAGCAGGUUCUGAUGUGACAAAAGAUGAGUUCAUUGAGGUCUUUCAUGAUCUUUGCACCAGACCAGAAAUUUAUUUUCUCUUUGUUCAGUUCUCCAGUAACAAAGAAUUUCUGGAUACCAAGGACUUAUUGAUAUUUCUGGAGGCAGAGCAGGGAAUGGCACAAGUCAGUGAAGACACCAGCAUAGACGUCAUUCAGAAAUAUGAACCGUCUAAAGAGGGCCAGCUCAAGGGUUGGCUUUCUCUCGAUGGGUUCACCAACUAUCUUAUGUCUCCAGAGUGCCAUAUAUUUGACCCUGAACAAAAAACCGUAUGCCAAGACAUGAAACAGCCCUUGUCCCACUAUUACAUCAAUGCAUCCCACAACACAUAUCUGAUCGAAGAUCAGUUCAGAGGUCCCUCUGAUGUGACAGGGUAUAUCCGUGCCCUCAAGAUGGGCUGCCGCAGUGUAGAGCUGGAUGUGUGGGAUGGGCCUGAUAACGAACCCGUUAUUUACACUGGUCACACGAUGACAUCACAGAUAGUUUUUCGCAGCGUCAUUGACGUCAUCAACAAGUAUGCCUUUGUUGCAUCCGAGUUUCCACUACUACUGUGUUUAGAAAAUCAUUGCUCCUUAAAGCAGCAGAGAGUCAUGUUUCAGCACCUAAAGAAGAUCCUUGGAGACAAGAUCCACAUAGAUUCUCCAAAACCUGAGGACUGCUACCUGCCCUCUCCCUUAGAACUGAAGGGAAAGAUCCUGCUGAAGGGUAAGAAACUGAGCACAAACUGCACUGCUUCAGAAGGUGAGGUGACCGAUGAAGACGAGGGGGCAGAAAUGUCUCAAAGGAUGAGCAUUGAGUCUGCGGAACAACAGACUAUCGCGGCCAAAAAAUUCCAGCUGUCCAAGGACCUCUCUGAUCUUGUGACCUUGUGUAAGUCUGUGGAAUUCAAAGACUUUCCAACGUCUUUCCAGAACCAGAAGCAAUGGGAGCUUUGCUCUUUCAAUGAGGUCUUUGCCAGUCGCUGUGCCAGUGACUUCCCAGGUGACUUUGUUAACUACAACAAAAAGUACCUUGCACGAGUUUACCCCAGCCCCAUGCGCAUCGACUCUAGCAACAUGAAUCCACAAGAUUUCUGGAAGUGUGGUUGCCAGAUUGUGGCAAUGAACUACCAGACUCCUGGCCUGAUGAUGGAUUUAAACAUCGGCUGGUUCCGUCAGAAUGGGAACUGCGGCUAUGUGCUGCGUCCAGCGAUUAUGAGGGAGCAGGUUUCAUAUUUUAGUGCCAACACUAAAGAUUCAGUACCUGGUGUUUCUCCACAGCUCUUACACAUCAAGAUCAUCAGUGGACAAAACUUCCCCAAACCCAAAGGCUCCGGUGCCAAAGGAGACGUAGUAGACCCCUACGUGUACGUGGAAAUUCACGGAAUUCCUGCUGACUGUGCUGAACAAAGGACUAAAACGGUCAACCAGAAUGGGGACAACCCUCUGUUUGAUGAGAGCUUUGAGUUUCAGAUCAAUCUCCCUGAGCUUGCAAUGGUGCGCUUUGUGGUGCUAGACGACGACUACAUUGGUGAUGAAUUUAUCGGCCAAUACACAAUCCCCGUUGAGUGUCUCCAGCCAGGUUUUCGCCAUGUACCACUACAAUCUCUGACAGGCGAGGUUCUGCCACAUACCUUGUUGUUUGUUCAUGUGGCCAUAACCAAUCGAAGAGGGGGCGGCAAACCACACAAAAGGGGACUGUCUGUACGAAAGGGCAAGAGAAGUAGAGAGUAUGCCAGCAUGAGAGUGCUAUUGAUCAAGGCUGUGGAUGAUGUCUUCAAAACAGCCAUGCUGCCACUGAGGGAGGCAACAGAUCUCAGAGAAAACAUGCAGAAUGCCAUUGUGUCCUUUAAAGAGCUGUGCGGCCCUUCAGCAGUGGCUAACCUGAAGCAGUGCAUCUUGGCCCUUUCCCCUCGACUGACUGGACCCGACAACAGCCCCCUUCUGGUGUUCAACCUCGCCGACCAGUACCCUAACUUGGACCCCCAAGGCCUGCUACCGGAGGUCCUCAAGAAAGUCGUCACCACCUAUGACAUGCAGAGCAGGGCGGCCUGGCUUUGUGACACAACCUUGCGGUGCACUUAAGUCACUUAGGGAGUGUACAACUAAGUGUACAAGUCAAUUACAGCAAUCCUGCAUAAACAAAGGCCCCAGUGCCCAACAGGCACAGAUUGAAAUCAAAAGCAGUGCAACAUUUGGGUACGUAUACUGUAUCAUCUCCGUCAGAUGAAACAAUUAAGCUUUUACUAAGAUUAUUACUAAGCUAAUCGAAGCGAAAGAUCCAGAUGGCCUGUUAGGCACCCUGUUCACUCAGCAUGUAUUUACCUCUAUCUGUGACAGGCUACAUAUGCAUCAUUAACCUUGUGAAACCCCACUGUGAUGUUGUCCCUGUGUAAGGAAGUCAAAGGUUUGUUUUUG